CUGGAGUCCAAUACUCACACGGUGGACAGAGACCACAAGUAGCCUAAUCGUUGGGUAAUAAGGGCUGUUCUACUACAGCACUGCGAUACUUUCGGCAAAUUCGCGUCAAGAUUCCUUCAGCUUGUCACCUAUGCUAAUGGUUGAGAUGUGACGUUUGCUCCAAUGGGAGACUGGAACUUGCUGGGGAAACUUCUUGAGCGGGCCCAGGAACAUUCUACGGUAGUGGGCAAGGUCUGGUUAACAGUGCUGUUUAUAUUUAGAAUCCUGGUCUUGGGGUCAGCAGCUGAGAAGGUCUGGGGGGACGAACAGUCUGGAUUCACCUGUGAUACCAAACAGCCCGGUUGCCAGAACGUUUGCUACGACCACACUUUCCCCAUCUCCCACAUUCGCUUCUGGGUGCUUCAGAUUAUAUUUGUAUCUACCCCAACCAUCAUCUACCUCGGGCACAUCCUCCACCUUGUCCGCCUAGAAGAAAAGCAAAAGCACAGGCUGAAGCAGCGCCAAAGCAAAGGAGAUCCUCAGGGGGACAAAGAAUUGCUUCUCUCGCCACCCAAACCACCACUCAAAGAUGAUUUGGGCAAAGUUCGUCUCCGUGGAGCUCUUCUGCGCACAUACGUGUUUAACGUGCUUUUCAAGACACUGUUUGAGGUAGGAUUCAUUGUGGCACAAUACUUCCUUUAUGGAUUCCAGCUACAGCCCCUUUACACCUGCAGCCGGUGGCCAUGCCCAAACACUGUAAACUGUUACAUCUCCCGCCCUACCGAGAAGACCAUAUUCAUCAUCUUCAUGCUAGCUGUAGCCUGCUUGUCUCUGCUACUAAAUCUCAUUGAAGUUUACUACUUGGGAUUCACCAAAUGCAGACAAGGACUGUCCUCCUCUGGCUGUGAGCCAGUAACAAAAUUAUCAACUAAACCUGGUAAUACUACUCUUACCCAUAUAAUUCCACAUUUUCCCCACUAUCCACCACCUGAGAGGGGGUCUGUAUUUAGUCCCCCCCUUGCAUUCCCACUCUCCUCAAGUAAAAACACAGUCAAUGCAAUGGACAGUAGCCAGGCUGCCCGGAAACAAAACCGCGAAAACCAGGCUGUGGAACGCAGCGGGAUUCCGGAGAUGAACGUAGCCUUAGAACACAACAGCGACAUAGAGCAUGCCGAGCAUCAGAGAAUGGCAAGCAGAAACAGCAGGCAGAGCAGCAACCGAUCUCGUCCAGAUUUGUCUGUGUGACCGAAAAUUACAAGGAAAACCAAGAAAAAGGUGCAAAACAAAAAAAAGAACAAUGGUUUCACAUCAGCCUUUUCUAAACACUGUUAGCGGUCUGCGUUGGGGGUGAAUGCCAACAGUGAGACAGGUGAAGCCAAUAUGAUGGUUAUAGAUUGGUAGCAGAUUUGCACUGCUUCCAUAUUCUGUGCCGAGAUCAACAUCUGUUUUGUGGGCGGGAUGUGACGUAGAGCCUGUUUUAUUAAAAAAAAACAUACAACUUUUCUUUCCCUAAAUCCAAAAUAAAUGCUAUGGGGUCCCGAUGAUUUACUGGCCAGGGCUUCGUACCCUGACCCCCUUAAAACAAAACCCUGCGUAUUCUUUUCAUGUAACUGUAUAGAUAUAUUCUUUGUGAUAACAAAACCAAGAUCUUUAAAACAACAACAUUUUAUUUCUUUAAUCUUUCCAUAACAUAUUUAUAUUUUGUGAUUGCAAAAAUGUUUCUUAGUAGAGUUGUAGGCCUCUUUGGCAAAUGAAAGGCUUACCACCCUUCAAUCAUAUCUAAAAAUACAUCUCAGCCUUUGCUAAAACCAAAGAA